AUGGAGGCAGCGGGUAUUAUGAACCACUUUCCUUGCCUGGUGGUCCGCGGCAUAUGCGAUUACUCGGACUCUCAUAAGAAUAAGCGGUGGCAGGGAUAUGCAGCAAAGGCGGCUGAUGCGUAUACGAAAGAUCUCCUGCUUCGAAUCCCACCAAACAGAGUGCAAGCUGAGAAAAAGAUCACCGAAACAUUUUCGGGGUCUCUCUUUGAUAUUCAGAAGGAUAUCAAGACCGUUGUCAACGUACAGACUGAGAGAAUGAAACAAGCUAGCCUCCAGUCACUUUCGCCCACAGAAUUUGUCUCUCAGCAAAACGACUUCAUGAUGAAGCAUCAGCCGGGAACCGGUCAGUGGUUCCUCAACUCACAAGAGUAUCGCAACUGGCUAGGGGCCCUCACACAGACAUUGUUUUGCCAAGGGAUUCCGGGAGUGGGAAAGACGAUCAUAACAUCAAUUGUGAUUGACGAUCUCCAAAAAAGAUACAACAGAGAUACUACAAUCGGAAUUGCUUAUGUUUAUUGUAAUUUUCGCCAGCAAGAGAAUCAGAAUGCUGCCACCUUCCUAUCUAGCCUACUCAGACAGCUAGUCCAGAAUCGGUCAUCCACACCCGCCGAGAUUCAAGAUCUUUAUCAUCAGCACCAAGCUAGAGGAACGCGACUGUCACCCGAUGAAAUCUUGAGAGUGCUACACUCUUUAGUUGCUUCAUUCUCAAGAACAUUAAUUCUUGUUGACGGGUUGGAUGAAUUAUCUCCUAUUUGUCGACGAAAACUUACUAUCACAAAUUGUCGGACUUCAGGCAGAUACAAAUUUGAACAUUUUCGCAACCUCCCGGCCAAUGCUCGACAUUAA